GCAUAGCAGUGGGAAUAAAUGUUGUGUCCGUUGAAAUUUUGAUUUACAUUCCGAUUAAAAACAUUUGAAAUAGAUUUUAAUAGUAUCUUUUAUGUACAGGAUGUCUUCCUCUAAAAAAUGUUCUAAUUAAAAAAUAAUCAUGCACUCUCAGUCUUUAUAUUUCCAUACAAAUUUGUUUAAAACUCCACUGUACGUGGCGACGGGCUCGGUGUAUGCGGUUUGGCUUUUUAUGUUUUCUUCUUCUUUUCGACUACGGUCGGCACAGCGUUGGAGCAUGCGUAGCCGACUAGUGAAGUGCGAGACACCGCCGCAGACGGACGUACAAUCGCUGCGAUUUAAAUUACAAAAUAAAAAGACCAAAAACAAAAGCCCAAAAACAUAAUAUCCCGGUAAAAUGUUUUGGAAAACAGGCUGGGGCGCGAGCUUAGUGCUCAGUGCGUUUCUUCUUCUCGUUCAAGUCGGCAACUCCCUCGGAUGGAAGCCAAUCGCGUCAGCGGGCAGCCCCAUAACAUCCUACAGCUUAAAGCAAUCGCAUCCUGGCGAGGCGAGCAGCAGCCACGAGCUGGCCACCAGCUAUGCUCAAUUCGGCGAUUCCAAGGAGGAAGACGAUCUGCUUUUGACGCGAGCCGCUCUAAUAAAUGGAGUUGAGUCUUCGCGUCCCAUUACAUUGAUUGACGAUCACGAUAAUCACUACAAGUCAUAUGGCUUAAAAGAUGAUGCAAUCGAAGAGCCCACUAUUAGUUUUCCGCGCUCUAAUCUCUAUGCUUCCGAUCGCUGCAGUGUCAAGAAGUUUGCAUUCAAUCAAGACGGGGCAGUGGAGUAUGAUAACGAGUUGCCCGAGCUGGAUCAGUUUACGCUUUGUUUUUGGAUGCGUUUCACAAAUCACAGCGGCGACCAUGUCAUGUUGACCUACGAAGUCGAAAAGGAACCACGCGAAAUACAAAUCUGGGUCGCGAACGCGCAAAAUUCCAGUUUCCUAUCGAUGGCCAUAAAAGGUCAGCAAAUGUACAGAUUGAACUAUCCACUGCGUAUGCGGCAAUGGCAUCACAUGUGCAGCUCGUGGAAUGGGAAAACCGGCGAGUGGCAGGUCUGGCUAAAAGCAGAGCGCAUUGGACGUGGAUUCCACAAUUCACUGGUAGGCCAUAAAAUACCCGCUAAGGGAAAACUGCGAUCGGGCGGCAGUUCAAUAACUGGGCAAGUAAGUCAUGGCCUCCACUUUGAGGUGACGCUCGUGCAAAUUUAUCGCGUCGCUUUGAGCGCGGGCAAGGCACAUCGAGACCACAAACAUCAUCAUGUGCACCACUUUGAUCACGAGGGACAGGAGCUGUCCAGCACAACGCGUGCUCCUCCAAUGAUCAAUCGACCACAGCCGAUGCACUCGCUGCUCGCAAGCGGACAAAUUCCAACUAGAGUCCGCAUCAAUCUGGCCAACUCAAUGCCCACACAGAAUCCACCAAACGGAGUGGCAGACCAAGCGAUUACAGUGAACACAAACUUUGUUAAUGGGCAAAUUAAUGCAGGCUCUCGGUUGGUGGCACAGCAGCUACUCGGUCUGUCGCCCUAUCCUCGCGGGAUACCCACGACCUCGAAUGAAGCGACAACGGGACGUUUCCAGAUGCUUAGCAACUCAGCCAAUGUGCAGUUCAUAGAUGAGACAGAGACACACAUACAAUUUAAGCGGGAGGCACCACAGGAGCGAAAGGUGCAAAAGCGGGGUUUGGUUUUGCUCGCCGAUGGAUCCGUGGUAGAUGAUGGCCAACUGGAUGACAGCAGCGAGGUUUUCAGUAAGUACAAUGGUCUGGCCGACUUUGGUGGGCAGCAAUUCAAGCAGGAUCUGACGCUGAAGAUGACUCUCGAGGAGGAGAUCAGCACACACGAUCGCGAGCCGGCCGAGGAGGAGGUCAAGGCCGUUAUGGGAAUCUGUAGCAACUGCGAUCCCGAGCCUUUCCAAGGCGCCAUUGUCUUUGCCUGGAAGGACGUCAAGGAGCACAUGAACAACACGCUCAAAGGCCACAGUGUGGGCAACUGUGGAAAUUUCUAAUACCGCCCUCCCAAUCACCCACUCAGUCAGCAGUUAAUCCUGUCAAUAUCCCGCAAAAUAUACUCUUAAACAGGGUGCUGCAAAUAACGCUUAUUAUGCAUACAUACAUAUAUUGUUUUGUUUGAUUUUGUUUUUUUUUUUUUUUUUUUUUUGUUGCCUUGAAUGUACUUGAAUAUAUGUAAGUGUAUAUAGGUAUAAGUAUACAUGGCUGGAUACCCAGGCUUAAAUAUCGUAUCGUAGCAGACCCUCUCACCUCUAUGUACAUAUGCACAUAUUUAUAGAAAUAUCUUAACAAAUAUCAAUUGUGGGUGUUGAAAUAAUAUUAAAGCAAAUAAAUAAAUAAACAAAUAGCCAGUA